CCUUUUCAAUAUUUUCACAGCUUGGAAGCUUCUAGAAUAUUUGUUCUGGGGCAUCCUGAACUCCCAUUGAGUUUUUCCAAUAGCCCGGCAGACCCGGCCUCACCCCCACAGUUCGAGGCAGAUUUCCCCAAUGAGAGCACCCGAGAUCAUUUUGAUUGGAAAAGAAGAGAAUCCCAAAAUCCAAUUGACGCCUGUUCUGCUCCUGCUGCACGCUGCACGCUGCACUGCAUCAAACGCUGCUGCUGUCGUGACCGGAGGCUCCAGCCAUCCAUCACCUUUAACACGCCCUUUUUCCAGCUCCCUCUCCUGUUGUUCUCUUCACUUUUCUGCACCCAUCCUCACUGUUUGGUUUAUUUUGCAUUGCUUGCUUGCUUGCUAGCUUACUUGCUGCUAUUGCUUCUUGUGCCCUCUCCUCGAAGACAGGUCCGUCCAAAUAGAAGCAGAAAUAUCAGUUCCCGGGUGCAUGGGUUAUUGAGCGACCCAGCCUGCCAGCCUGCCAGCCUGCCAGCCUGCACGCUUCUCGCCCACCCGACGGCAGUCUUCCCUUCCCUUGCCUUCCUUGCCUCGCCCUCGCAUACCACCCUCAGUUUGGCCAGUCCACCGCAAACGCCGACCGAACACUACACACUAAGGUAUCUUCGACGCUACGCAACACCAUUCGCGGGAGCUACGAUUCCAAUGAACUUCUUCUCCAAAUCCCCCAAAAAAUCCUCGAAGAAGACCUCCGACAGCGACAACGACGAUUCUGCCUCAUCCCGGUCGCGGUCCCCCACAAAGAAAUCUACGACACCCUCAUCCUCAACCUCGAAAUCUUCCAAGCCGAGCCGCGAAGAAAAUUAUAAGCACGGGCAAGGAUCUUCUAGAAGCAGCCGCAGCUUUGCAAAGGCCAACACAAAAACACCACGACAUCCUUACGACCCGAAUACCCACCCCUUGAACCUGCCACCGGACCAGUUGCGGAAGCUUUCUGCGCGCGCUUCUUCAAAUAUGUCGGAACCUGAUCGAAUGGACAUCGACAGUGAGGGCGGCCCUCACGACGCUCCCACUUCACCCCCACCACAAACAAAAAUGCCCGGUGCCUUCGACUCUCCAAAGCCGAAUGGGACUCCCGCUGCUUCAAAUGGUGAAGGUCCGGUUCCUCCUCCUCACAAAUCUAACCCUACGAGUCCUGCAGCUGCAUCUCCCCCAACGGCAGAGGAGGCAGAAGCAUUUAAGGCUGCUGGUAAUAAGUUCUAUAAAGCCAAGGAGUACAAGAAAGCCAUUGAAGAGUACACCAAAGCCGUUGAAGCACAACCAGCAUCAGCCACAUAUCUCAGCAACCGAGCAGCUGCCUAUAUCUCGAAUGGCCAGUACAUAAAUGCGCUGGAGGAUUGCACCAGAGCUGACGAACUGGAUCCAAACAAUCCAAAGAUUCUCCUCCGCUUAGCAAGAAUUUAUACCAGUUUAGGCCGUGCCCAAGAUGCUCUCGACACAUACGCCAGAAUUCAACCUCCAGCGUCGGCAAAGGAUAUUGCGCCUGCUAAGGCUAUGCUGCAGCACAUUGCUGUCGCAGAGGAUGCUCUGGAAAAGGGCACGACCGGUUCUAUGGCGUUGCAUGCUCUUGACCAGGCUGAGAAAUUGCUUGGGUUGGGAGCGCAGAAGCCAAGAAAAUGGCAGCUGAUGCGUGGAGAGGCCUAUCUCAAGAUGGGCAAUGUCAAUGCUCUGGGCGACGCUCAAAACGUUGCCAUGUCACUGUUACGGAACAACAGCGCGGAUCCUGAGGCUCUGGUACUCCGAGGACGAGCUCUGUAUGCUCAAGGCGAGAACGAGAAGGCCAUCCAGCACUUCAGACAAGCCCUCAACUAUGAUCCAGACUUCAAGAAUGCCGUCAAGUAUCUGAGAAUGGUGCAAAAGCUCGACCGGAUGAAGGCUGACGGAAAUGCGGACUACAAGGCUGGACGCUGGCAGGCGGCUAUUGAUAAGUACUCUGAGGCUCUCGAGGUUGAUCCUUUGAACAAGGGAACGAACUCGAAACUCCUGCAAAACAGAGCGCUGUGCAAAAACCGACUAAAGGAUUACACCGGAGCGAUUGAGGAUUGCGAGCGUGCUAUUGCUCUCGAUCCUUCAUACACCAAGGCCAAGAAGACCAAGGCAAAUGCCCUUGGGCAAUCUGGUAACUGGGAGGCAGCUGUUCGUGAGCUCAAGGAGCUUCAAGAACAGGAUCCUUCCGAUAGCGGUAUUGCGAAGGAAGUCCGGAAUGCGGAGUUGGAGCUAAAGAAGAGCAAGCGGAAGGACUACUACAAGAUUCUCGGUAUUGAGAAGGAUGCCGAUGAGAACCAGAUCAAGAAGGCGUAUCGCAAGGCGGCUAUCAUUCACCACCCUGAUAAGAACAGAGAUGAUGAGCAGGCUGAGGAGAGAUUCAAGGAUAUUGGUGAGGCCUAUGAGACCUUGAGUGAUCCUGAGUAAGUUGAUAUCUGUACUCCUUGUGUAUUGAUCAAAUGCUAAUUCGAAUGCAGGAAGCGAGCUCGAUAUGAUAGUGGCGAGGACCUGAUGGAUCCAAUGGAAGGAUUUGGCGGUGGUGGUAUGGGCGGUGGCAUGAACAUCGAUCCCGAGAUCCUGAUGCAAAUGUUCGGCGCACAGAUGGGUGGUGGACGUGGAGGAGGAGGUGGCGGCGGUUUCCACAGUUUCGGAGGAGGUAUGCCAGGUGGAGGACGUCAACGAGGCGCUCCCCAAGGUUUCCCUGGGGGCUUCUCUUUCCAAUGACAAGAUAGCGAGGAGAGUCACGAGCCUUCAUCUCAGGACUCAGACCAUGAUACCCAAUCCAGGAGGACCGCACCAGUAACCGCAAAGGGGGACCGGUUCGCUGAUAACGAUCUCUCAGAUGCUCAUUUACAGCGCCUUCGCAAAGUGGGGAUGGGGCUCUUGCUCGCAGCUAUCUUUGUUCCUCUUGACGUGCUGGCUUUGUUGGCCAUCCUGGGUGCGGGGCUUUACAUUCUGCUCAGAGUGCUUAGAGCUGUUCGCUAUAUGUGGCAGAUGGUUGGCGCUUCAUAAUCAUCAUAAUCAUAGACUGGGAGGGAUAGAUCACAAAGGUUCUCACUACAGGCGUUCAAGUGGUCCUCAUUUUGGCUGCUCACCUACUGGAUUCUCUUUAUGGGUGGGCUGCACUGAACAGAUAAUUCAAUUUUGUGUACAACUCUUCAAACUAAACUGUGUUGGAUGUGAAUUGCAUGUUGUAGAACUCAAUUUUGCUCUCAAAAUAGUUGAAUGAAGGCAAUGUUUAUG